ACUCAGCGAAGUGUGCAUAUUUGGUUUAGCAGAUUUCCCGAACUGCUGUCCCCCUUUCUCUUUUAUACGUUAUAUCCGCUCGUCAUCGCCCGCGUGUGUUGUACUAAUAAUCUCCCUCCACAGUCAAAACACCUUUUGUUGCUCGUCAACCUCUAUUUUUAUUUUAAUCAUCCUCUUUCGAAUCAUUUGAUCAUCAAUCAAGGCAGUCAUGAGUACUUGUGUGGAGAACACAGACUGGGACUUCCUCUUGCAGUUCGUCUCAGAGCCUUUGGAGAUGGAAAUUUCUGAUGUGCCUGAAAGGCCCGUCGCAGAACGUACUCGUUCGGCAGUACCUGUGCAGGUACCAACACCCCCCGACUCCUUCACCUCAUCACCGGUUGACCCACCAGCAGAGGAAGACACCCUUGUUUCUGUGUCCACAACAUUCUUUCCCGGAGCACACAUCCACUCACAUCCACCAGAUGUCGUGCUGCUCUCAUCCGACUCUAUAUUCUUUUACGUCCACACGCGCGCGCUGCUUCGAGUUUCUGAAAACAACUUUGGCAGUUUGCUACCACUGUCGUCCAAAGCGACUACCGGCCAACUAGGUCCAGUCUUGGCCGUCCCGGAAUCUUCUACCGUUCUCAAUAUCGUACUUCACGCCAUAUACGACAUGCCAUGUUCCCACUAUUCUCCUUCAUUCGAGUCCCUUGCAACUGCAUUGUCAGCGCUAACAGAUUAUGGCGUUUCCCUCAAGCGCCAUGUUAGCUCUUCUUCUGCCCUGCACGCCCUGCUUCUUUCGUAUGCACCACUUUGCCCCCUGGAACUCUAUACGUUGGCUGCUUCACACGACCUCUAUGACCUCGCUGUCCCAACUUCAUCUCAUUUGCUCUCCUUCUCUCUCGCAUCCUUGACGGAUGAGAUGGCGGACAGAAUUGGCGCAAUAUAUUUGAAGCGAUUAUUUUUUCUCCACUUUGGCCGCGCAGAUGCUUUGAAACGUCUCCUCCUACCACCACCACAUCCACAUGCCGCCACUAAUGACUGUGACUUCACCGAGCAAAAAAGGCUCACAAGAGCUUGGGCUCUUGCAUCUGCAUAUCUCGCUUGGGAUGCUAGGCCAGACUUGUCCACAAACGCCAUUGAGUCUGCCUUGGGACCUCUAGGUGAUCAGCUGUCAUGCGAGCACUGUAGAAAGGCACUUCGAGACCGGCUGAAGACAUUGAUUAUACAAUGGUCGGCAGUCAAGGUACGCCCACCAUUUCAGCCCUUCAAACUUUCUGCUUAUAUCGGAACUGCAGAGGACUAUCUAACUCGUAAAACAUCAUUCGGAAGAAAUAUCUCACACUCUGGACCAACAUACCCCAGGAAAAGCGCGCAUGUGCUUCUUCAGCUCUCAUUCUUUCAAUCGACUGUAUCACUCAUCCCUUUCUUUUUUUCACUGCAUUCAUCGUGUAACAUUGCUCACUUUUUGUAACAUCAGUUGGAAAUAUUCACUUCGGUGAACACUGCCACCGAGUCCGUCAUACACGACCUGUACCCAGUACUCAUUAGCAGCUACUCCUUCCGUAAAUAGUAUCCUAGUCUGUUAACGCUUACGAUUUCACACCUUUGUACUGUCCACACACGCAUAGCAUAUAGCCGAUGGGUAAUAGCAUCAUGAUUCAGAACUUGAUGACAGAUUGGCGUCAAGGCAGUGAGAUAGGUAUACAACAGUGAACGGUUAAACACAGGAUUCGGUUAUCGGGCCUUGUCCUCGGCAAGGAUGGCGUCAUUAAGCUCGUCCAGGGGUGCUAAUUCUUUCUUAUCCACAAGGUCAAACUAGCCAGUUUAUAAUUAAGUGAUUAGGCAGUUGUUAAGAUGACUGUGGACA